AUGGAUGCAAUUGGUGCAUCAAAAUUAGGUUCUGCUUUAGCAAAAUGCACUAAUCUCUCAAAAUUGAUACUUGAUAUUAGUAACAAUAAAAUCAGUGAUUAAGGUACAUCAGACUUAGGUUUUGCUUUAGCAAAUUGCACUAAUCUCUCAAGUUUGAAACUCGAUCUAAAUAACAAUUAAAUCAGUGAUUUAGGUGCAUCAAACUUAGGUUCUGCUUUAGCAAAUUGCACUCAUCUAUCAAAUUUGAAACUUACUUUUCAUAACAAUAAAAUUGGUGAUUAAGGUGCAUCAAACUUAGGCUCUGCUUUAGCAAAUUGCAUUAAUCUCUCAAAACUGACACUUGAUCUUGAUUACAAUAAAAUUGGUGAAUAAGGUGCAUUAGACUUAGGUUCUGGUUUAGCAAAUUGCAUUAAUCUCUCAAACUUGGCACUUGAUCUUGAUUACAAUGAAAUUUGUGAUUAAGGUGCAUCAAACUUAGGCUAUGCUUUAGCAAAUUGCACUAAUCUCACAAAUUUGACACUUGAUCUUAGUCGCAAUUAAAUUAGUGAUUAAGGUGCAUCAGUCUUAAGUUCUGCUUUAACAAAUUGCACUAAUUUUUCAAUUUUAACACUCAAUCUUAGUGCAAACUCUUUCAAUGAAUCAUAAUAAUUGAAAGUAAAAAGCUAGUGUCUUAAAUCAAAAAGAUUAGUUGUCUUAAAAAUAUAUUUCUAAUUAUGAUAAUAGAUAGACAAGUGGUGAAAAGGAUGAAUAAAUAUUAAAUAUUUGAAUAAUAGAAAAUAAUAUGCUUUAUUAUAUAAUAUUUUAUAGUUUGAUAUUUUAACCUAAAAUAUAGAUAUAUUUAUUAUUAUUGUUAAUAAACAAAC